AUGAAUAACAAUGAGUAUCUCCCAAUCAAUAUUAAUGCUCAAUCACUUGCAUUUCCAUUGUACAUUCCUCAGUUUAUGAAUUCCUAAUAAAUCUUUUUUCCCUUCAUGUAUUACUAAUUCCCAUUUGUUUAAAACUUACAACCAUAAUAAACUGUUCCACAACCACCUUAAUCAAAUGAAUAAGAACAAAAGAAAAGCUGUUCCUAGUUUGUAUCAGUUAGUGGUACAAGAAUAAAGCUGAAUCUAAAAUUGAUCAAAGAGUUACCUUAAGCAACUCCAACAACUAUUCCAGAUGAAAAUGAAUCAGAAUUAAAUAACUAAUAGAUCGACAAACAUUUUAAAAUCAUUAAAUAGAGCAAGAAUAUUAAGAGACAUAUUUCCACUCGUAAUGUGCACAUAAAUACAGAUUAAACUAAUCAACCUUAUAAGUUCUUUUUUAGAAAAAAUGAUGGCUUUAUUCAUAUAGGUCAAGGUCAUUAGACUUAGAUUAUGAAGAGCAAAUUCAAUUUCAAUAUGAUGAGAAUGAAAUUACAAUAGUUUAAGGUUUGGAAUCAUGCAAAUAUGCCCUUAUGUAAGAAUGCCUAUAUGUCUAGAUGAUGAAAUCAAAUAAAUUUUGAAUUUGACUGAUGAUAAAACACUGUAAAUAUUAUAGUCAUACAAAAAUAUUAAGUUACUUCACAGAAAAUUGAUGAGUGGUGAUCCAAUAGCAUAUGAGGAAGUGUAAAAUCUACUAAUAAAAAAAUAUAAUUAAUGA